CUGAACAUUCUCACUCAACAUGAAUAAAAAUGAUACGAUGAUGUGAAAUAUUUUUAUGUUUAAAAGGGUUUUGAGUUUCUGUAAUAAAAUGGCUUUAUCAAAAGUUCGGCUUGCUGCAAUGUCGGAAUGCAAGAUUUGUUCAAACACCUAUCAUCAACCGAAACAUCUAAACUGUGGGCAUACUUAUUGCCAAGAUUAUUUAGACGGCAUUUUGGUGUUUAUGGAAGAUGGAAGUGCUGAACUGCCUUGUCCAGUGAGAUGUACUAAAAAGACAACAAUAACUAAGGAACAAACAACAUCUUCGUUAAUGCAGAUGUUCAUACUAACUAGCAUUUUGGACGAAGUGUCACCUGGUAAAAAAUGUUAAACCUAUAUGUCAACAAAGGGAAAAAUUCAAGCAGAUAAUCGGCUAUUCCUGUACAACAUGCAGUCUUCAUUCUUGUUCCAGCAAAUCAUACACCAAUGUCAUUUUUAAUCAAAAAUUACAAGAGCUCCAACCAUUGUGUAAACAACACAACUCUCUUGCAAAAUUUAUCUGUAUUGACUGUGCAAAUUUGUUUACCUGUGUGUAUUGCACACACAGACAACAUAAGAAUCACAGAAUCAAAUCAAUAGAUGAGAUUGGUCUGGAAACGAAAAAGUGGUUUCAAACAUCUAUCACUUCAUUCGAUGAAACAAAGGGAGUGUGGAAAGAAUUAACAAGGAAAUACGGUGACGCUCUAACAAAUUUGGAGAAAAAAAGAGAAGUAUUUCUUCUAAAAUUAAAAGAAAGGAAGUCAAAACGACUAGAAGAGUAUCUCAAAAUAUUAAAUAAAAAAGAAGAAGAUCUAUUGCGGAUAUUCGAUGAAAAAUCUAAAGAAUUUAAAGCAAAAUUGAUUUGUGAUGAUUUCGUUGGUGAUAGGAAAGUACAAGAAUUUAGAGAUUACGUUCACUUUCAAUUUAAAAUCUCAUUUUGAGUUAGUUGCUGAAAAGUUGGAAAUUGAACAACAACUUCGCAGGCUAUCCUCUCUUCCAAAAACUAUCCCAAUAUUCAAUUCACAUCUUCAUCAAAUGAAAAAAGUAGAUUUUUCAGCAAACCUGUUGUGCGGAAUGAAAAUUUCAAUUGAUGACGUCACCAUUGUUGGUGUAGAUCCCAGUGAAUGUUCUGUUUAUGGAAACUUGAUUGAUGAAGUUAAAACUCAACCAAACCAUUCCCAAUUAGCAACUGAUUUAAUGUACUUAGUUGAAAGUCUGAAAGGUGAGUUUUUUCAUUUUUAUUAAUCAACGUAUUAACAUCAAUUGCGCCAAUUCUAAAAAUUUGUGUUGUAUUUUAUAGAGUACGAGAAACAAGAUGUAAAACCUUGUUUUGGAGAACGACAACAGAAUUUUAAUUUUUGUAGAGAUAUGUGCUACUUGGCAUCUUCACUACUCAGCACCACAAUGAUCAGAAUCAGCCUUUGUUGUCAUUAAAGUGUUUUAAAUAAUUAAAUAUCGUUACAACUGCUUCAAUUUUUGUCACAUACAAUUAAAAUGCUUGUACAUCCUUGAUAAAGGUUAAAAUAUAGCAGUAAUGUAACUCAACGGUGAAUUUAUUUAGUGAGGUGAAGGCAAAACAUAUCCAACUUGCUAAGAAAAGACACUCCUACGAAGAACUUGAAAUAGUCGUCAAAAAUGGUGAUGUCAAGAUGUUGCAAGCAAUUCUUAUUGAUGAUCCAACUAUUGUUGAAAUGAGAGGUGAUAAUAAAACCACACUGUUGAUACAAGCUGCACUUUACAACAAUCCAUUAAUAGUGAAGUGUUUGAUUGAUGCUGGUAGUGAUGUGUAUGCUGUGAAUGUAUAUGAACGUAAUGCAUAUCACUACAGUGCAUAUUAUGGUCAUCAUGAAGUUUUAAAUGUUUUAAUUAAUCUAGACGUCACACGCAUUAAUAACGUAGACAAAUUUAAUGACACACCAUUACAUGAUGCAUCUAGCAAUGAUAAUAUUGAAUGUGUGAAGUUGUUGUUGUCAAUACCACAUAUUGAUGUAAAUAUACGAAACAUUGACAAUGAAACUGCUUAUGAUGUUGCUCGUAAUGACACUAUCAAACGUUUAUUACAAGAACAUCGAAGAGAACAACUUACUGAUAAAUUACUUUUUUUUAUUUUCUUACGCAAUUUUAAAAGUCAUACUACACAUUGUUUUAUAAAAAAUGUACAUUUUAAAAUAAUUUAGAAUGAGAAAAUUGCUGAUGAUAUUUCUUGUGACACUAUCGGACAGUUUUACAUUUGAACAAUUAGGAAGUUAUCGGAAAAUUAUAUUUUUAAUUUACCUAAGAAAAUUAUGAAAAGCAUAUAAACGUCUUUUUUAUGAGAACUAAGGUAUAGUAGGCUCCAUUUCUUAAUUAUUUUAUAAAUUUAAGUUCAAAAAUUUCAAACUGUAAUUUCUGAAAAAUAAAGAG